UUCAACAAUGGAGCUGAAACAGCCAGCAUCCACCAUGUCUGCACAGCCUCCUUCAAUCCCUCAUUUUCUUCUUCGUCUUCCUUCUGUCCUUCUCUGUCUUCUCAUCCUAACGUUCGACCUCUCAAACGCUGAAUUCUGCUACGACAAGGGCAACUUCACGGCCGCCAGCACCUACGCCAAGAACCGUGAGCUUGUCCUCUCUUCUCUCCCUAGCGAUGUGACUUCGAAGGGCGGGUUCUACUCUGGGAACGUAGGGAACGGCUCGGAUGUUGUUUACGUGCUCAGUUUCUGCAGAGGCGACUCUUCGAACGAUAGUUGCUUCAAGUGCUUAAGCUCUGCUGCUGAAGAUUUGAUGAUCAAGUGUCCAAAGCAAAAAGCUGCGGGCACCUGGGGACUGGAGAUGUUCCUUGCAUCAUCCGUUACGCUGAUGUUCCGAUGUACGGCGUGAAGCAGACAUAUCCGACGCGAACGCUUACUAACACC